UAUAGAGUCGUCCUCUUGGGUGACUUUAUUGCCCGAGUGGGUCAUGAUGCAGUCACCUGGUCUGGAAUGAUUGGAAGGCAUGGUCCAGAUCGGCUCAAUAACAAUGGUGGAGAGAUGAAAGAAGGCCGGGUGAAACGGACUCGUACUCUGGGAGCCAUCUUCACCAUUAUCUUCGCCAUCAUCCUCCUCUCGAACCUGCUGCCGUCGAGUUUCUGGGCUGAGUGGGCCCCCCGAUUCCCGUUCACGACCCCCCACAUGUCCCUGAGGGUCACGAGCGCCCGCCACUGCUCCAUGCGCAUCGUACCCCCCCCACAGUCCCCCCCCUCCUCCUCCCCCUCCCCCCCCUCCUAUCGAGUGGGCGAUCUACUCACCGUGUCCAUCGUGGCACGGGACUACAACGGCAGCGCCAAGCUGCGCGGCGGGGACUACUUCCGCGCGAGGAUCCACUCGGCGCAGGAGGUAUACGGACACGGCGGGCUCGCCGGGUUGGUGGGGCUGGCGGGGCUGGCCAGCCUGGCGGGGUUUGAGCCGGACGGCGCAGGGGUGACGAGCGCCACGGGCGCGGUGCGGGACCACGCGGACGGGACCUACUCGGCCACGUUCCGCCUGCUGUGGCCGGGUGCCACGGCCGUCUCCAUCUCGCUGGUCCACUCGCGGGAGGCCGUCGCACUGCUCGCCCGCCUGCGUGACGAGGCGCCCGACAAGGUUUUCUUCUACGGCUACUUUGAGGGCGGGGGGCGCACGGAGCGCACCGAGUGCAACGCCGUGAGGCCGGGGCGUGUGCGCGGCGUCCACGCGGAGGAAGAGCCGGAGGUGUGCGAGUUCCGCGACGCGGGGGAGCGGUGGUUCUGCGUGAGGCCCCCCACUCUGCCCUGCUCCGCCUGGAGCUACCACUCCAUGGGGGGCUACCGCACCGUCACCACCAGGGCGGAGGACGCGCUGCUGCAUAGAUCUGUGACCGAUGUACCGAUUGGUGGUGGUGACCUCACCAUCAUGGUGCAGCCCUCGGAGGUGAACCUCACGGCACACCUGCCCCCGUGCCGCCCGGUGCUGCCCCCCACCGCGGUGGUGCCGAGCGGCUUCUACGUGGGGGGAGAGUGGCACUCGUUGGUGUGCGCCGCUCGGCGCUUCCGCCAGCCGGGCGCCGUGGCAAGCUGCCUCCGGGGCCGCCGAGUCUUCAUGUACGGGGACUCGACGCUGCGCCAGUGGUGGCAGCUGCUCACCGACACUGCGCCCUCGCUGAAGGUGGAGGCCAACAAGGCUCCCCUGCAGCUGGGGCCGCUGAUCGCCCGGGACUCCGAGACCGGAGCCGUGGUUCUGUGCCGCUCCCACGGCCUGCCCCUGCGCUCCAAGCGGGGACCCGUCUCCUCCAUCCACUACAUCGCCAACGAGCUCGACAGCCUGCCCGGCGUGCCCGGCACGGUGGUGGUGCUCUCGGUGUGCGCCCACUUCACGUCGUUCCCCGCGGCGCUCUACGCGGGCCGCGUCGACCGCAUCGGCGCGGCGCUGCGCCGCCUGCUGCGCCGCGCCCCGCGCACCCUGGUGCUCGUCAAGAGCGCCAACACCGGCUACCGCUCGGCGCACGGCUCCGAGUGGCUGGCGCGCGGCCUGGACGCGCUCAUGCGGCGAGCCCUGCGCAGGCACCUGGGCGCCGGCGCGGGCGGCGUGGUCGUGGUCGACGCGUGGGACAUGAGCGCGGCGCACCCCUCCCCCGACAACAUCCACCCGGUGGGCGCGGUGGUGCGCGCCGAGGUGGAGCUGUUCCUCUCGUACGUGUGUCCUGACGACAAUGAGGCGUGACCUGGAGAUGAGGUGUGGCGUGGCGACGAGGGGUGAAGUGACGACUGAGUGUGGCGAGGUGUGACGUCGUGACGAGGUGUGGCGUCGUGACGAGGGGUGAAGUGACGACUGAGUGUGGCGAGGUGUGACGUCGUGACGAGGUGUGACGUCGUGACGACUGAGUGUGACGAGGUGUGACGUCGCGACGACUGAGUGUGACGAGGUGUGACGUCGCGACGAGGGGUGACGUCGUGACGACUGAGUGUGACGAGGUGUGACGUCGUGACGAGGUGUGACGUCGUGACGACUGAGUGUGACGAGGUGUGAUGUCACGACGAGGGGUGACGUGACGACUAAGUGUGACGAGGUGUGACGUCGUGACGAGGGGUGACGUGACGACUGAGUGUGACGAGGUGUGACGUCGUGACGACUGAGUGUGACGAGGUGUGACGUCGCGACGAGGGGUGACGUGACGACUAAGUGUGACGAGGUGUGACGUCGCGACGAGGGGUGACGUGACGACUGAGUGUGACGAGGUGUGACGUCGUGACGACUGAGUGUGACGAGGUGUGACGUGGCGACGAGGAUGAGGGGCGUGACGUGUGGUGGGAUGUGUGUACGAAUGCUGAACUUAUUUUGCACUGUACAUUGCCAAUGGUUGUGAUCGGGGGUGCGGAUGGGUGUGAGGUGUGAUGGUGUGAUGGGUGUGAUGUGAUAUGAUGGGUUGGGUGGUGGAUGCGAUGUGAUAUGUGUGUGGGAUGGCUGUAAUGUUAUGGGUGUGAUGUGAUUUGAGAUGCGAUGGGUGGGAGUUGUGAUGUGAUGGGUGUGAUGAUGGGAUGUGUGUGACGGUGGUGUGGAAGAUCGGAUGGGGUGUGAUGGGUGCGAGUGAGUUUGAGUGUCUUUGCAUAGGUUGCACAGUAGGGGGCACAGGUGGUGCAUCUGCCGGUAAUAUCUUGAGUCAGCCACUGACACUUGGGUCUGUCCCGUGACCUGCCAGCGGCGAGCCUCGAAGUGCACCUAGCCUGGCACAAGCGCUCUGGUGACAUUCCCGCCACUUGGUGUGCUGUGGGGGGGGGGCGGCAGCGUAGUAGCGAUCGGCGCCACUGUGCUUUGAACCGCGCGGCCCGAGUUUGAUUCCCGCUCAGGGCAGACAUCGGUGACGUAUCUCUGAACUGGUAUUAGCGACGCCUCAACCCCCCCCCCCAUCCCCCCCUAAGUCGACCUGGAGCGGUAUGUAAACAUCACUUCGGAGACAAAGGCGGCCGGGCUUGGUGUUUUCCACCCCCACGUGUGCUGUGCCGGCCUUCAGAGGUGUUCGCUAACCGCACUUGCCCCGACAGUCUGUUAAGGCUCCACGGCAUGAGGAGGAGGGAGGGGGGGGAUCCUUCUCUGUGUGUGUACUGUGUGUGUUGUGAUCUCUGCACAACACUGCCCUGCGGGGCAAAACAACACCCGGGGUCUGCCCCGUGACCUCCUCCUGCCUGCCAGCAGCAGCGGCUCUUCCACACUUCACGCGACCCCCUCAAGGGGCACCUAGCCUGGCACGAGCGCCGUUGUGACGUCACCGCCACUUAUUGGCAAACGGCGGCUGUUGUUGGGGGGGGGGUGUUAUGGGGGUUUGGGAAGGAUGGGGAUGUGGGAGCUUGUGGGGGGGGGGGGGGCUGAUCACCUGACUCGCUUUCAUCAAUCUGUGCCAGUUGGCACACACAGCGUGAUUACAGCGUGAGGGGUUUUGUGUUUUUUAACGUUAAUAGACCUUCGCGGCAAAACUCACUACAGCUCCCAGUGUAGAUUCCACAUUCCGAUUAGCCGGGGCGAGUCCAUCAGUAGGACGAGCAAUGUUUACUUCCCCCACAGUGUUACUCAAUUUAUCGACCACCCCCCCCCCUCUCCGAUGAUGAUCCGCUUGCUUCACCGCCGAGACACAGAGCGGGAACGGGGUUCCCGUGGGGUUGCGUAGCGCGUGCAGCGGCUUCUCUUUAA